AUGCAUGAUGGUGGAGAAAUUGAUGUUUGGGCCUGCUAUACUGCCAUUUCAGUUGCAAGUAUUUUGAACAUUUUGGAUGAUGAACUAGUUCAGAAUGUUGGAAAUUACAUAUUAAGCUGUCAGACUUGCGAAGGUGGCAUUGGUGGAGAACCUAACUCUGAAGCUCAUGGUGGGUACACCUUUUGUGGGUUGGCUACAAUGAUUUUGAUCAAUGAGGUCCAUCGUUUGGACUUGUCUCGUUUAAUUGAUUGGCUGGUAUUUUGUCAAGGAAGGGAGUGUGGAUUUCAAGGGAGAACCAAUAAAUUGGUUGAUGGAUGCUAUUCCUUUUGGCAGGGAGGUUCUUUUGCAUUAUUACGAAGAUUCGGUUCAUUUAUUGAUGAACAACUGGUGAGGCCAAAUGAUGUUGGACGUUGCAGCACUUCCACAGUAUCUGAUAUACCUGAACAGGGAGGUCUAAAUGCUUCUUUCCAUGUGAAUUACAAUGAUAUUGGUCAUAACUUUAUCACAACAUGUCCAGUAAUGGAGCACCUUUUCAACAGCCAUGCAUUGCAGCAAUACAUACUUCUAUGCACACAGUCGAUGCAGGUGCAAGAGGGGGGACUCAGAGACUUUCUUUGGGCUGAGAAGGUUUCCACUGACAGAAUUAGUGUUCAGGAUUCUAGUGGGAAGAAAGUUGAAGCCCAAAUUCUUCCUAUAUUGAAUGCCACUUUUAGUGUUAGAAAUUAUUAUGUGAGAGCAUAUUUGGGUGAAUCUCCGAGAGAAACAAUUAAAUAUUGGCUUGCAUUUACAGUGUCAGUACCGCCAAUUGGUUUCAGCACUUACAUAAUUUCUACCACUAAACAAACAGGCUCUAGUGUAGCCAUUUCUUCUGUGUACAUGUCAGAAGAAAGUAUAGACAACACUAUAGAAGUUGGACAAGGAAUUUUGAAGCUAAUUUAUUCAGCUCGUGAUGGAAAGCUUUCACACUAUGCUAACAACAGAAAUUUGAUUACAGCAUCUGCAGAACAGUCAUACAGUUAUUACAGUGGAAACGAUGGAACUGAUAAAGAUCCACAGGCUUCUGGAGCAUAUGUCUUUCGUCCAAAUGGCACAUUUCCAAUCAAAUCCGAUAGCCAGGCUUCUCUAACUAUGGUUCGAGGUCCGGUACUGGAUGAAGUACACCAACGGCUCAAUCCAUGGAUAUCUUAGAUUGGACCUAUACCUGUGGAUGAUAGCAUAGGAAAAGAAAUCACUACUCAAAUUACAACAGCCUUAAAGACUAAUGGAACAUUCUACACAGAUUCUAACGGACGUGACUUCAUUAAGAGGGUAUUCUAAAUCUCUAAUACUUAAAUUUGAUAAGAGAUAUUUGAAUCACACACUGUGCUACUUUAUAUAUCAUUGUAUAGUUAA